GAAUUUUUAUUCAACGAGGGAUACGCGGUCAAGUCAACUCACUCAAACUCACUCAAAAAUUUGGAAUUUGAAAUAUAUGAAUUUAUGCCAAUAAAGAGUAUGAUUAUAUGAGUAAAGAGAGUUUUUAAAUUGAGUGAAAUUAAGUGAGGUGGUUGUGGUUGAUUUUUAAAAGUUCCUGUUGUACGCGUGUGAUUCAAAAUGGCCACAUUCAAGGCUCCACAAGAGAUAUCAGAAGCAGACCGUUUUAAGCAGAAGUUUCCUGGACAUGGUGUGCCCAAGCAAUCAGAUUUCUUGAGGAAACGAUUACAAGGAAAAGGAGGGGCAAAAUAUUUCGAUUCAGGUGAUUACAAUGUAGCAAAAAGCACCAAAAAGAAAGACGCAACUAUCGUGAUUGGCAAGGCGAUUCCCACGCCCGAUAAUCUGCCGCAGCGAAAGCCAUCUUGUAGUAAACAAAGUAGUUUGCUAGAAGGCGAUACGCCGCACCCUCACCCGAGCGACGAGAAGGAAACGCCGACCGUAGAUUCCGACGAGCAAAAAUCGAAUCAAGUCGUAAUGGACGAAUGACGAGGAGAAAGUCUGAAAGAUGCAUGUUUCGUAUUGGGCUGACAAAUUCUUUCAUUUACUUCUCAACGUGAAAAAGGGGUUGAAUAAAGACGUUUUUCUGUUUUUGUUCUAUUUUUAGUGGCGUUUAAAAAGUUUCUCUUUUUA